CAUACUUAACAAACGGACAUAGUAAAACAAACCUCUACACAAUGCAGUUUGCUGACAUUUACUGAUUAAAAAUGGCUUCACUUUCUGAAGGUCAUGACGUGAUUAAGGACUAUUGUUGUACAAUCUGCGAAGACAAGAAUAUCGUAGUAGCUGCAUUGUUUUACUGCCAAAAAUGUGCGACACUUUUCUGUGAUAAAUGUAUUGACUCACACAGACAGCAUGGUUGGAUUUUGAAUAAACAAUCUCCUUAUGGAAGGAAUAAAAUGAAGAUGUGGCCACUUUCUAAAACGAUGGAGAAUUUUCUGUUAACAUGCGACGUGCAUAAAAAUGAAGCGAUAACUCUGUUCUGUCAGGACCACAGUCAGCUCUGCUGCAAUGAAUGUGUGGAUCUUAACCACAGACUGUGCUUUGAAGGAACCCCGAUACAUCAGGCCGCGGAAAAGAUGUUUUCAGACUUCAAGACCCUGAUCGUCAGAGCCAAAAAUACUCUUGCACAAAUGAAACAGCUUCAGGGUGCUCAUGAAAAGGACAGGAAGUCUAUUAAGGUUAUAUACAAUGAACACGAGAGGUCAAUGGUGGAGGGAAUGCGUUUGAAUAUAAAAUCAGUUUCAGUUGAAUCUAAGAACAGCAUCAACAAUAAAAAAUAUGACCACAAACAAUAUACAGUAGAUGCAAUGCGUCAACAAAUAAGUCAUAUAUUAGCAGAGUUUGAAAAUAGUAGUGUGAAAGAAAAGAAAAACGAACUUACAAUCAAGUUGGCUCCUAUCGUCAGUGUUAUAAACACCUCAAUCAGACUACACGCUGAAUUGUUAAGACUCCAUGACGCCCUGCAGCAAGUAAAAGAUAAGCAAGUACUCCAUUUUUUAGCCCGUACAACGUGUCAGGAGAAAAUACGGCAAUGUGAAACAUAUGUAAAUAAUACCUUGUCAGACCGGAUUUUCACGAUCUACGGGAAGUCUGAGCACAAUGUGCGAAUACCAAGUGAUACAUUCACAUGUAAAGUUCGUGCCAUCUGUGUUCUGCCCGAUGGACAAGUUCUGCUUGCAGACAGGAAUAACAAGAAAGUAAAGCUGCUUAACCGGAAAUACCGGGUAGUAAGUCAUUGUGAUGUGACUUCUAGACCACAGACCAUGUGUCAAAUCACACCAAGCGAGGUGGCUGUCUCUAUGGGUGAUCAAUUUAACACGCAUGAGGUCCAGUAUAUAACAAAGAACAAGAGCCAUCUUAUUGCAGGCAGAAAAUUUCAGUUGCAACAUACAUGUAGAGAUAUUGUCCACUACCAGGGAGACCUAUACAUAACCUCUGGAAGGGUACUGUAUAAGUACUCAAUGUGUGGAAAACUUAUUUGUAAACUAUAUGAAGAUACAUCAAGUUAUGAUACAGUAUACAAGUGUGAUGUAAAUUCUACAGGGGACAAGUUGAACAUUACAAACUUGUCCCAGUCAAAGCUCCUGACCCUGGCUAGGGAUGGGUCAGUCCUUGCAACCUUCACGGACCCUGAAAUACAAUUAUCACAUGGUGUUCGUGUGACACCAGCAGGCCAGGUCCUGGUAUGUGGAUGUUGGUCCCACACUAUCAUUCAGGUGGACAGUGAGGGCAGGAAGAAGCUAGCUACUCUCGCUACAGAGAGGGAUGGGGUGAAAUACCCGCUAUCGGCCUGUUACAACAACAAUACUGACUCCAUCAUGGUUAUACAAGGUGGAUACGUUGGCAACAACAACAUUCUGGUGUUCAGAGUGCAAAAGUCUACUUGAUUACGCUGAGUUAUGAUACAAGUAUUGGCUCCGAAAAUAAUGUUCGGUUAAUGAAUAUUCGAAAUUUCGUUUCGAAUGUAUACGAAAAUAUUAAGCAGUUGAAAAUGACGAUUUUCGUCUUCACGUGAAAUAAACGUUAACAUGUAUUACCAAAAACUUAGACUUUAUGAUUUUAUACAAUUUAAAUUAAUUUUUAUAACGUUGGUGAGAACUGCUUGUAACGAUAUAACAAUAUUUAGUAGUAAAGACGUGUUAAGAAAUCUUGCAUUUUAUUUUUUGGAUACAGUAGAGUUACAGUAGAGUACAGUAGAGUUACAGUAGAGUUACAUUAUUAUAUUAAAUCCCAACUGUCUGUUUGAGCUUCACGUCCAAUUGCGUAAACAAUUAAAAACGCAUAUCCGUUGUUAAACUUGUUUGAACCUAAAAAGAAUUGUGCAAGUUUGUUGGACACGAUAUUACAUUAAUCCAUAUGUAUGGAACAUGUUUCUGUUAUUUCUUCUUGUUAUAUUGACGGAAUGGGUAAUUUGUGAAUGUGUUUACUUUUUGCAGUGAGCGCUCUAUAUUCUGAUAUGUUGCAAUAAUAUGCGCAAUUAUUAGCGACAGAGGGUUUAGCUUGCUUAUUGUUAGCACACAUUGCAAUCUCGUUAAAGCGAUCGGCAUUUUUAUAUUUAUCUUUGUAUAAAAUGCCAGGUCGACGGGUGAAAUUUGUGAAAUUAGAAUAACACGAUUUUAACUGUGUAUGUGUUUGUUUAUCUCAAAUGUUGAUAACUGUGUGUAUUGUAUCAUGUCUUACACAAACAUUGCAGAUCGAAGACGAGUGCAGAGAUUUUAGCGAGAAACUAUUGUAUUUGCAUUUUCAGUUUCUUUAGUAGAAAAGAAAAGAAAACUAAGUUUAUAUUUAAUUAUUCGCCUAUGUAAAACUUCGUAAAAAUGUAAGCCUAAAACACUUUACUUGUAUAAAUGUUUGCUAUUCAAAGUCAUACCUUUUGUUACUCCUAAGAAAGCAGUUUACGUGUCGGUAACCAUGGUGUCAAGAUAAGAAGUGGUGCGUAAUAGGACUGUAGUUUAGCGUGAAUGUAUUUUAUGUUCUGAAAAUGUCCUUUUUUAUACAUAUUUAUAUAUUUCAAAUUUGCAAUACCGUUUAAAACGUUUUACUGAUUAAACACCGUUAGCGUAAAACUAUUGUUGUUGAUUUUGAAUUUCCAUAGUAAAAUGAUUUGUUGUACAGUUUGCACUUGCAUUACAAUUUUAUUUGUUGUGUUAGAUCCUUUUAACAAAAUGUUUUGUGAAAUUACCGAAAUAUUUUAUCAUUAUUAUGUUAAGUGUUUCAACAAGAGUUUUGUCACAAACGUAAGUUCAAAUACCCCCGCGUCGCUUUGCCACAUGUAUAGCAGCGAUGCCAAUGACUACAUUUAAAGGCAUAUAACUCAUAAAAUGCGUGGAUCAUAGGGCAUUUAAAGUAUUGCAUAUGCACACUACUUUGUGAUACAUUUAAACUUUCAUUUCUAUUGUGUUAGAAAAUAAAAAUUAAUUUGAUCCAUAAAUGUUUAACAUUUUAUGCGGACCAAAGAUCCGAUCGACAAAGCGACUUCAAUAUACCCUAUGUCAAACUGUGUUUGUUGAGGUGUGAUGAAAUAAGUGACGAUAAAUAUAUAUUUAAAAACAAGAUAUGUGUUUGUCAGAAACACUAUGUCCCCUUUUGCGCCGCUUUGAAGCUAUAUAUUUGACCUUGAAGGACGACCUUGACCUUUCACCACUCAAAAUGUGCAGCUACAUGAGAUACACAUGCAUGUCAAAUAUCAAGUUGCUAUCUUCAAUAUUGCAAAAGCUAUUGCAAAAUGGAGCAAACAAACACAAAAACAAACCAAAAGACAGGGCAAAAACAAUAUGUCCCCAACUAUAGUGGUGUAUGAAUUAUUGUAUAUGUUUAGUCAUUUUGGGACAUAUAUCUGUAUCAUACAGUAUACUUCAGCUUCGGUAGUGCAUAGGGAUUUGAACGUAGUAAUGAUGUUAACUGCUUCUAUGUUCAACACGGAAGGUGAUCUAUUUGUAUUUGUAUUAUAAAAAGGACUUUCUUUAUAUUUGAUAGCUGUGUUUAUCCUGUGCAUACAUUUUGUAAAUUUGACUUUAUGUUGUACAUUGUUUUGAUACAUUGUAUAAAAUACGUCGGCAUUUUGUGAACGUU